AUGCAAAAGGGAACAAUCGGUGUCGACUUCGCCAAGUCAACUUGUGCUAGGCUUGCCAAAUUCUCAUAUGGGCCUGCGAGCACCCCAUCCCAAGCCAACCCAUGUGGUAAUGUCCCAGUUAAAUGUUCUCGCUGUCCAAAAGGAUCAAGUGCAGUUUGGAGAUACAAUCAGGAUGCUCACUAUCGCGCUAAGCAUUCCCCUGCGCUCCCUCCUAUGGAGCUUGCGAUCACUAAUUUUGAAAUAGAAGGACUCAAGGUACUCUGGGACAAUCGCCAUACAGCAAACCGCAUGGAAGUGAGGCGUCGGAAGCAGCGUAAGCCGCAUUUUGUGAUAUCCGAAGCUCACAGCACCCGACUUGCUCUCCGGACUACCGAUCUAGAAGGGUCAAGUGCAGCGAGCUCUCAGAUGAAUUCCAAUGUUGAAGAUAGUCUACAACAAGCCCAUGAUACCAAUCCCUUGCCCCCUGAUCCCUUAGUCCCCCAUCCAAGCCCGGGCCCGCUGUUAUCUGCCAACGAGUCUAUCCAAACCAGCCUACCUGCUGUGCAUCAAAGUGGGCGUCCUAUGCGCUUGGUACAGCAGCUGGUGACUGCUCUCCACAGGUGCUGUGAUGUGGAAGUUACAGCGGAUGAAAUCACUAAUGGGUCUAAUGUCGUACGCUGUCCGAAGCCAGGAUGUGAGACAGUUUGGUUUCAUCGAGCUUGUCAAGGGCUUGGAUCAUAUAUUCCCCAGGGUGGAAUUGUGGAUCCCACGAUUUUGGUAGAGCCCCCAAACGUCCACGCAAAUAUUGAUUCACCCUUUUUGAUAUUACCCGACUAA